AUGACGGGGAGUACUUUGGAUCGGGUUCUGGAAGUAGACGAGCAUGAGGAUUGGAGAUCGCCUUUGAUAAAAUGGUUGCAGGAGCCAGUGGCGGCCGAGCUAGCGUCAGAGUUGCCAGCAAAGGGGUCUAGUUGCUCUAGCACAGGUUUGGAGCCGUCAACUUACGGCGUUUUGUUUUCGGAUCCUGAGAAGUUGAUUGUGAUGGAGGGUGUUUAUCUUGAGCACCUGAGGCAGGCAGGUCAGCAGACGGGUUGGCCAGGUCGGCAAUGUUCUCGGCAGGCUGCGAUGGUUGAGCAGAGUUCUCGAUGUGCUUAG